AUGGUGGGGGUCCCGCACAGUACUGGCUGUACCCUUUGUCGCGAGAGACACAUCAAGGCGACCACUGCUGACGGGCGGGGCCAAUGCCAGUGCGACGAAGCAGUCCCCGAAUGCUCCCAGUGCCAGCGCUACGGCCGUACCUGUCCAGGGUACCGCCGCACCUUUCGCUUCCAGGACGAAGGCCCGAGUCUCAAGCGCCGCCAUCGCUCCGCCCCCCGCGGCAGAGGCCGGGGUGCCUCGACGGGGCCCAGCACCCCAAGCACCCCCAGCACGGCCAGCACGGCCAGCACGGCCACGCCCGCGCGGAGGAAAACGGUCGAGGAGGCCACCGGCGCGGCGGUCGUCGUGCGCGACAAUGCCAUCGCUCUGAUGCGCCGGCACUCGUCGACGGUCACCUUGGACGAGAGCGUGUCACCGUCGCUGCCGCAGCUGUUCUUGGAUUUUAUCAGCGCGUCGUUUCCGACGCUGUACUUCCAUAAUGCCUUUCGGGCGGGCAGUGAUCCGGGCUUUACGGAGUAUAUUGUGUUGAAUUUUGGACAGAAUGCGUUCCUUGAUGCCGCCAUUUGCUGCCUGAGCUCGGUGUACCUGGCGCAUUUGACGCAGGAUCCGGCGCUGCUGCGCACGAGUCGGCGCAUGUAUGGAAUUUCACUGGGUGAGGUAGUUCGCGCUCUGUCGAAAAAUGACCAGGCCUUAUCGGAUAAUAUGGUCUGCACCACGAUGAUGCUGAGUGUCUACGAGAUGUACGCCCAGACGAGCCCGGAUGCAUGGGUUGUGCACUCGGACGCGGUCAGACGACUUAUGGAGAGCCGAGGCCCUGCGCUGCACGAGUCGGGCUUUGGCCGGUCGUGCUGGAUCGCGUUUCGAGGGUUCCAUCUUGCCACUGCCGUGUACCAAGGCAAGCCCUGCUUCCUGGAUCAAGAAGAGUGGCAGCAGUAUGCACUGCGGAUCAUGGCAGAGGAUGCCCAAAAGCCCGGGGAAUGGUCCGCCUAUGCAUUCAUCUCUGACAAGGUUUUCAUGGAAAUCGCCAAAUGCCCGCGGUAUAUUAGCGAGGCGCGAGAUAUCCUGUCAGGCCAGGUAGAUGCAAAGCGGGAUAUCAGCGAGGGCCUCAUGCACCGCAUCCACGAAACCUCUUCAAAACUACAGACCCUCAGUACAGAACUGCGCUUCUGUAUCGCUGCCCAUGGCCAACGCCAACAGGGCAUCAUCCGCCGCCCAGGCACAUUCGUCGGUCCUGUUCCCGAGAUCUUCCCCGAAACGGGACCUUCACUCCUCUUCCGCGGCGCGGAGGACAUACAAGAGACUCUGCGCCAGCUAUGUGAGCGUCUUGAAGACCAGCUCCGCUGUCGCGUCAUCGAAGAUCUUUCCCCAGAGUCAGUCGCAGGGACACCACCCAGCGAAGGCAGCGAAGGCUCCCCAUCGCCCCCAUCCACCAGCUCAAAGACAUCCCCCCUACCAUUACGGAUCUACUCUGAGCUUGGGCGCGGCCCGUCGCAGACUUCGGAUCGAAAUGACCCACGAGCAGUGAUCUGGCUGGACCGUGUAGCCUCAUCCAUGGGUAUGCUUGGUACGAGGAUCAUCCAUGAGGAUAGCCAAGCGGGGGGCUACGUUGAGGAGGAGAGCUCGCCCGAGGCUUCGUCCGCCCGUUGA